AUGGCGGCUUCAGGAAAGACGGAUGCCACAGGCCUCGACCUUCCUGCAGAUGACCUCGAUAUCACUACUUUCGAGCAGAUCCUCGAGAUGGACGAUGAUGAAGAGGAACGUGACUUCAGCAAAUCGAUCGUCUACGACUUCUUCACGCAAGCCGAUGGCACUUUCCAAAAAAUGAAGUCCAACCUGGAGAAGAAGGACCUAGGACAGCUCUCCAGCCUCGGACACUUCCUCAAAGGCUCCUCGGCGACGCUCGGACUCUCAAAGGUGAAGGACUCCUGCGAGAAGAUUCAGCACCUCGGAGCGAAGAAGGACGAGACCGGCACCCAUGAUGAGACUGACGAGGACCUCAUCCUGAAGAAGCUGGACACGGUCAUCAAGCAAGCCGAGAGCGAGUUCAAAGUCUGCGAGAAAGCUCUACGGAAGUUCUACGAACAACAAUCGUGA